AUUUACUCUCGCUAACACCAGGCGAUCUCGCCAAUCAAACUGUAUAUUGCGUCCCGUGUGCAAAACUUUCCCGGCUGAAUCAGUAGCGUUCUAGAACGAUUGAAACACUUACAACCAACGCUCCAUCACUCACUCUACCACCAUGCCACCAAAAUUCGGAGGAGGAGACAAGUGCCGCAUCUGCGAGAAGACGGUGUACGCCCAGGAGAAGAUCGAGGCAGGAGGACUCAUCUUCCACAAGAACUGCUUCAAGUGCAGCGUGGAGAUUUGUAAGAUGCAGCUGAAGCGUGAGAACUACGCCCAAGAGGGAGGCACGUUAUACUGCAAGAAACAUUUCGCCUCAGAAGUGACGGCGAAAAACACGCAAAACCCAACAACCUUUUAACUCAACAGGACACCGGAGUGCCUUUCUCAAUGCAUUGUGGGAUACAUGCUGGUCACGUGAUUUGACGUUAUCACGUUUUGUAGUCUUCUAGGAGAGAUCGACUCCUGUGUCAAUAGGUGGCAAUACGACUCUCAGUGUGCCUAGCUGAAACCAAAUACAGUCCAUAUAUAUUUAUUAGCAACUUCAUUGGAAAUAUAGACGCCUAAGAGCACUUGAAAUGUGUUAGAAAGCGUGCAUUAAGUUAAUGCCAAACCUCAGCUUUACACCCACGAGAGAGAAAUGGUCACUAUGGCUUCUUUCCUGGUUCCACCUACGAUACACGCAUUUGCACAAGCCCAAAACACAUUUCCGCCGCAGGGAGGUACCAUUCUGCUGUUCCACCUGCCACCCCUGUCGGCAAAGUAAACUCUACCGUAGUGCCUUACUGUAGCAUGCGAGUGUGUAUUCCAAGUAAAAACGUUUCAUUGAUAAUUAUAAGUAAAACAUCACAUUUCGUUUUCAAGUGUAGUAUAACAUUCCCUUCAUAAAGUCUCGUCUUCAUUAGGAGCUUUUUUAUUAUUUUGAAUGGCCCCUGGAAGUGUAUCGGUGUCGCCAUCACUACAGCCCGUCAGACGCCAUCUUGUAGAUAUAGAAUUGAGUAUCUUGUCAAACAUCUGAUCUGAAACUUCAUACAUCAUCCAGGUUUUGUAGAUAUACAUUUGUGACAUAAAACGUUUUGUUUCGUU